GUAAGCAUUACUCACCAGAUAGAUUCCACAGAUUGGACUAUUUGCACCAAGCAUUUGCCCAGGAGUCUAAGAUUUGGAUGUGGUAAUGGCACGUUACCUCUACGCUGACCACAUUUUGGAGGUCUUCAACGUGUUCCAUCGACCACUCCACCUGGACGAGGUGGCCACCUAUGUGGCCGAGAUGGAGGCCAAGACCGUUGACGAGGUGCGCCUGGCGGUGGACAACACGCUCACCGCCGGCUGGAUGCACGGAUUCCUGGCCACGGAGGAGGGCCUCUUUACGCUGAUCUGCGGCUACUGGGAUGAAACCCAGCCGAUUGGUGGCAGGAAGGGGAAACACCACACUGCGCAAGCCAUGCUAAGGAGUUCUUAGUGCAUCUUUUGGAGCUGGAGCUGGAGUUGGAGCUGGAAUCUUGUCGGUCUGGCAUGGGAUGUUGGGAAAAACGAGGGGCAUCCACAAAACUGGGCGCAAAAUUGUUCUGCAAAUAAAGUGUAAUGCCACAAAU